AUUGUAAGAGGGCGCAGCGGGGCAGCGCAUGUUAGCAGGCGGGGGGCGCAUUCUAGCAGAAGUUGCAGCCAUAGGCGUGGUUCGCUUCUGCAAUUCGGAUCCGGACUUGACUGGGUCUUUUCUCCUCCUCCCUUUAAUUCUUCUGCCAGUCCCCUUCCCCCCUUUCUCUCCUCCCGAAGUAGAGAGAGAAACCCCCAAGCAGAGAGAUCGGGAGAAAGAGAGAGAAAGAGAUGUGGAUGUUCUAUCUGAUCUCGCUGCCUUUGACGGUGGGCAUGGUGAUUCUCACGCUGAGGUACUUCGGAGGUCCAGGCGUUCCUCGCUACGUCUUCUUCACCGUAGGCUACACCUGGUUCUGCUCUCUAUCCAUGAUCAUACUCGUCCCCGCCGACAUCUGGAUCAGUAUACAGGAAAAAAAUGGUCAUGAGAAUGGAGGCAUUUCUUUCUUUUGGAGCUGGUCAUAUUGGAGUACAUUUUUACUUACUUGGGCUGUGGUGCCCCUUAUUCAGGGUUUUGAAGAUGCUGGAGACUUCACUGUGACGGAAAGAUUGAAGACUAGCGUACAUGUAAAUCUAGUCUUCUAUUUAAUUGUGGGAUCAAUUGGCCUUUUUGGACUUGUUCUCCUCAUUAUUAUGCACAAGAAUUGGUUUGGGAAUGGAGGUGUUAUGGGUUUAGCCAUGGCCUGCUCGAAUACUUUUGGACUUGUUACAGGUGCAUUUCUUCUUGGUUUUGGUUUGAGUGAGAUUCCAAAGAGCAUUUGGAAAAACGCAGAUUGGACCACUCGCCAGAAAGUUCUUUCUCAUAAAAUUGCUAAAAUGGCUGUAAAACUUGAUGAUGCUCACCAGGAAUUUUCAAAUGCUAUUGUUGUUGCUCAAGCAACAUCUAAUCAAAUGUCCAAACGCGAUCCAUUGAGGCCUUACAUGGAUGUUAUUGAUAACAUGUUAAUUCAAAUGUUUAAGGAAGAUCCAUCCUUCAAACCACAAGGGGGCCGAUUAGGGGAAAAUGAUAUGGAUUAUGAUACAGAUGAGAAAUCAAUGGCAACACUCAGGCGUCAUCUGAGGAUUGCUCGAGAGGAGUACUAUAGAUACAAAAGUGAGUAUAUGACCUAUGUCAUGGAGGCCCUUGAAUUGGAAGACACUGUCAAGAAUUAUGAGCGCCGCAGUGCCACUGGAUGGAAAUACAUUUCAACAUUGAGACCUAGUCGAACUGGCACAUUAGGGUCCUUCUUUGACACAGUAGAAUUAAUCUGGCGAUGCAUCUUCACCAAGCAACUUGAGAAACUCUUAGCCAUAAUUCUUGGUUGCAUGUCAGCUGCGAUUCUUCUGGCUGAAGCAACUUUGUUACUGCCUAAUAGAGUUAAUUUAUCCCUUUUUUCGAAUUUGAUAAAGUCUGUACGAGAGCAGGAGGUGUUUGUGCAGGUCUUUGCAUUCAUUCCCCUGAUGUAUAUGUGUGUCUGCACAUAUUAUUCUUUGUUCAAAAUAGGAAUGCUGAUGUUUUACUCAUUAACACCGAGGCAAACAAGCUCAGUCAGCUUGCUUAUGAUAUGCUCGAUGGUUGCUCGGUAUGCACCUCCAAUUUCAUACAACUUUCUCAAUCUCAUUCGUCUUCCUGAUAAGAAGAAAACUGUAUUUGAAACGCGAAUGGGGAACAUUGAUGCUGCUGUUCCCUUCUUUGGGACUGGAUUUAACAAAAUAUAUCCACUUAUUAUGGUUAUAUACACCGUGUUGGUUGCGAGCAAUUUCUUUGAUCGGGUAAUUGAUUUUUUUGGGAGCUGGAAGAGAUUCAGAUUUCAAACUGAAGCAAAUGAUACAGAUGGAUUUGAUCCAUCAGGUUUAAUAAUCUUGCAAAAAGAACGAUCUUGGCUCGAACAAGGCCGUAGAGUUGGUGAGCAUGUUAUUCCACUGGCGAGGAAUUUCAAUAGCAUUAGUAUGGAUGUUGAAUCCAGCAGCAAUAGCAUGGAUCGGACUGCUGUUGUAACGAAGGCAGCAACGAGUUCAAACAAAGAGGGUACAAGGGAUGGUCCAUCAAAACAUUUGAAAGAUGAGACUCGUAGAUAUGGUGGGAGCAAAGAAGUCAUCAACAACAAAUAUGCUGCCAUUCGAGAACAGAGCAGACAUGCAUCCAACACAAAGCCAGUUGAGAAAAACAUAGCCUCUGCCAAGGUCUCCUUGCUCGACACAGACAACUCUCAGGCUGGUCCAACAGGAGGGGCUGGUUCUGGUUUGGCCUCGAAGUGGGAAACAAUGAAGACAGGUUUUCAAAGUUUUAAGGCAAAUAUAGGGGCCAAAAAAUUUCUUCCUUUACGACAAACCCAGGAAACUAAACUUGUCUCCCGUGUUUCUUCAUCCGAAUCCCUUGAUGAAAUAUUUCAGAGAUUGAAAAGGCAAACUGUAGACAAUGGAAGUAAUAGUGACGAGGAUGAAGAUGGGAUGGAAAUUAGGGUUUCAGAACACAACAGAUGACAUCCCGACUUCUUUUUCCCCAAGUUAGAUUACUUGUCGGUGUUGUAAAAAUUGAGAAAGCCCCCAGGAUGCACUGGCUUUGAAGGAGGGUUGAUAUUGGGUUUUUGAAUCACUUGUUCUAAAAGAAGCCCUGGAGACCGUUGUCCAUACUGAAACCACAUUCAUUUAGCAACUGCUAAUCAGAAGAGGAGGGGGGGAUACAGAGGAAAAUAUAUACAUGCUCAGCCACCAUGCUGAGCAGCAAAGUUGUAUUGUAAAAGGGGGAAUUGUUAUAUUUGUUUGUAUUGAGUAGCACAACAUCUUGGAAUUCGGACAUUUGUUAAUCCUUUGAAAAUAUUGUUUUCUUUUACAGAUAAAAAAAAGUUAACACACUACUUUGAUAGGGCUAACAAUUCAUGCCCUUUACCUUCUAUAGGAAUGCAGAACAUUUAUUAUUCAAA